ACAGAGCCAAUGAGCAGCAGUGAAAUUGCUACUACAACAACAGACAGGUCUUUAGAGAAUUUCUCAGGAUCAGCAAUUGGGAGCAGUGGCUUCAGCCCAAGACAAACUCACCAGUUUUCUUCACCUCAGCUAUAUCCUUCCAACAGACCAUACCCACAUAUUCUCCCUACCCCUUCUUCGCAAACUAUGGCUGCAUAUGGGCAGACACAGUUUACCACCGGAAUGCAACAAGCUUCUACUUAUUCAGCAUACCCACAGCCUGGUCAACACUAUGGAAUCCCAUCAUAUGGCAUCAAGACAGAAGGUGGAUUGACACAAACACAGUCACCUGGUCAGACAGGCUUUCUGAGCUACAGUGCAAGUUUUAGCGCUCCUCAACCAGGACAGGCGCCAUACAGUUACCAGAUGCAAGGAAGCAGUUUCACAACAUCAUCUGGAAUAUAUGCUGGAAAUAAUUCACUUACAAAUUCUACUGGAUUCAAUGGUUCGCAGCAGGAAUAUCCAUCUUAUCCCACCUUUGGCCAGGGUCAAUAUGCACAGUAUUAUAAUAGCUCUCCAUAUCCCUCACAUUAUAUGGCAAGCAGCAACACCAGCCCAACAACUCCUUCCUCCAAUGCAACUUACCAACUUCAAGAACCACCAACUGGCAUCACAAAUCAAGCUGUAACAGAUCCUACAGCAGCAGAAUAUAGUACAAUUCCUACAACACCAAUUAAAGAUUCAGAGGCAGAUAGGUUGCGUCGCAGCUCAGAUGGCAAAUCACGUGGCCGAGGCAGAAGGAAUAACAAUCCUUCACCACCACCUGACUCUGACCUAGAGAGAGUAUUCAUUUGGGAUUUGGAUGAGACAAUCAUCGUUUUCCAUUCACUUCUCACAGGAUCAUAUGCUAACAGAUAUGGAAGAGACCCCCCUACUUCUGUUUCACUGGGAUUAAGGAUGGAGGAGAUGAUUUUCAACUUGGCAGAUACGCAUCUGUUCUUUAAUGAUUUAGAAGAAUGUGAUCAAGUUCAUAUUGAUGAUGUUUCGUCAGAUGAUAAUGGCCAGGAUUUAAGCACCUAUAACUUUGGGACAGAUGGGUUCCCUGCAGCAGCUACCAGUGCUAAUCUAUGCUUAGCAACAGGGGUGCGUGGAGGAGUGGACUGGAUGAGAAAGCUAGCUUUCCGAUACAGACGAGUAAAAGAAAUCUAUAACACAUAUAAAAAUAAUGUUGGAGGUCUUCUGGGCCCAGCAAAGAGAGAAGCUUGGUUGCAGCUUAGAACAGAAAUUGAAGCCCUUACAGAUUCGUGGUUAACGCUUGCACUGAAAGCACUGACGCUAAUUCACUCUAGGACAAAUUGUGUCAAUAUUUUAGUAACGACUACUCAGCUUAUCCCAGCUCUUGCCAAAGUCUUGCUAUAUGGUUUGGGUGUGGUAUUUCCAAUAGAAAAUAUUUACAGUGCAACAAAAAUAGGAAAAGAAAGCUGUUUUGAGCGCAUAAUUCAAAGAUUUGGAAGAAAAGUAGUUUAUGUUGUCAUAGGAGACGGUGUGGAAGAAGAACAAGGAGCAAAAAAGCAUGCCAUGCCAUUCUGGAGGAUCUCAAGUCACUCUGAUCUUAUGGCGCUUCAUCAUGCCUUGGAACUGGAAUACUUAUAGUAGCACUUUGUAACCUCGGAACCUCCCUCACAUCUGUGGACGGUGUUCCUGAGUCUUGUUUCAGCACUGGCCUACAGAAUUUUGUGAUUUCAUCAUGUUGAUGUGCAGCUGCAGAUGGUCUUAACCUUUGCCCUUUCAAUAAAUGGCGGAGCACAU